UAACACGCUCUGCCAGUGCUGUCAAUAUAACUAUUAUUUCACAAAAAUAUUGCUGAUUCACAAAACAGGUUCAUGGAGUCUUAAACAAACAGAAUUUUAAAUCUUUUACUAAUAUUAUUUUUUGAACAUAAUAAUAAGCCCAAAUGAGCUCUAUUGCGGCAGAACAACCAGAAGCCGGCGACAACAAAUCGCAAGUGGCCAACGACCAGACCUCAUUCACUUCACAUGUUGCCAAAUUGAAGGCCGGCGAGGACAACUUUAUUCUACGCGUGCUUAAAAUGAAUGGCAGUACCUUUUUAAUUUUUGGCGCCAGGGAACACGAAGUUUUUGAGGAGCUGGGAAUGGCCCUACCUAUGCGACCUCCUAGCAAUGAAAUUUUGUCCUCCACCAUCUUGGGUGGCAUUGGUCAUAGCGAUUCGGCGGCGCUGGCCACCAAAUUGAGCAAGCGGUAUGGGCGUCAAUUCUUUGUUAGCCUCAAUUUGAAACUGGACCGCAUUAGUAUGCCACUUUUUGACAAGGAACUGUCCACUUACAUGCACGACCAUUUAGAGUAUUUCGUAUAAGAUAGUUCUAGCUUAAGCAUGUACAUAUGUAUUUAUUAUUAAACUUGCGCUCAAAGCGCCCUA